CAUUUUCUUCUCCUAAAAAUAUGGUAACACUUAAGCACAAUGUGAUUUAAAAUACCAUAAUAUUGAUAGUUAAAACUAAUAGAAACUAAAGCAAGACAAGAAAAAUGAAAUAACCGGAGGCAUUACUUAUUAUAAGUGAAUAAUAAUGAUAUUAUUCAAAGGACUUAGGAGGGUACAAGCCCAGCUGAAAACGCCUGUUGACUUGGUGCUCAUCCGGUAUUCCACUGCUGCAACGAUAACAAACCAAGAUGAGAGUGCUAGCCAAAUACCGUCUGUGUCCCAGUCGGGAAAAGUCCAGCAUUUACCGGAAAAUCAAAUCAAUUGGAUGCCCAGUCCGUACACAGCGCCGGGCAAAACCUUCAGUCAGUACAAGAAGCUAUCUAAAUUCCGGCUGACAUCUUUGGUGGUCAUUACAACAAUGGGAGGCUAUGCCAUGGCACCGGCCGCCUUCGAUCCCGCCUCGUUUGCGAUGUGCACGCUGGGCACAGGACUCGUUUCGGCUGCAGCAAAUGCCAUAAAUCAGUAUCACGAGGUUCCCUUCGAUUCGCAGAUGUCGAGAACGAAAAACCGUGUUCUGGUCACGGGACAAAUGACGCCUCUCCACGCGGUAACCUUCGCUGCGGUGUCGGCUACUGCUGGACUGAGUAUGCUGUAUUUCGGUACAAAUGGAUUAACCGCUGCUCUGGGAGCGGGUAAUCUCUUCCUCUACACCACGAUAUACACGCCCAUGAAGCGAAUGAGCAUAGUAAACACCUGGGUUGGCUCAAUAGUCGGAGCCAUUCCGCCUCUAAUGGGUUGGGCUGGAUGUGCCGGCACCCUGGACGCGGGAGCCAUGAUCCUGGCCGGAAUUCUGUACGCUUGGCAGUUCCCACACUUUAACGCUCUGUCGUGGAACCUUCGGCCAGAUUAUUCACGCGCCGGCUACAGAAUGAUGGCCGUUACCAAUCCGGGUCUUUGUCGGCGCACCGCCUUUCGAUAUUCGUUGGCUAUCGUUGGCCUUUCGGUAAUGGCACCCGUUCUGGAUGUCACUAACUACUGGUUUGCACUAGAAACGCUACCUCUGAACGCAUACUUCGCCUACCUUGCAUACAAGUUCCAUGAAAAAUCGGAUAGUGGGAGCUCGAGAAAGUUAUUCCGCUUUUCACUACUACACCUGCCCGUCCUGAUGUUGCUGUUCUUGGCCAAUAAAAAGGAAUGGUUCUUUAGCAAACCUGCCGGAGAGGAAAAGAAAAAGGAAUCCACCUACAUUGCAAUAAAGCAGUCUGCUAGUAGUCUUGGAAAUGUUCUGCCUGUUGCCGUAGCCGAAGGGCCAAGAUAAUAAUAUUAACAUUAAUACGAAAAAAUGUUACAAAAAAUAUACUUAGUGUUCUGAAGAUUGUAUAAACGAAGUAAUUUAAUAUUAAAAAAAUUUUACCUCUGUGGGGCAAAACUUGCUUGCUUCAAAAAAUA